AUCUUUCGCUACAUGGGUAAAUAAAUUUGCCCAAAAUUUUGGAAAGUUUUGGAUAAACUAGAUCCGUAAUAUUAAUUAGGGUAAGCAGAGAAAACAUGAAAGUGCUGCCUACAAAUCUGGUCAUAAAUCUGUAAUAUGAAGCGUCAAAGGGUCAAAGCUGUAACCAACAAUCGUCAUGUUUACGUGGAUGAUGGAGGAGCUGGAAUCGAGGAUUUACCAUUGGCGGAGCAGCGAGCACUUCCGGCUGAACGAUGCCUGGAAGCCCAAAUAUUACCGGGCGACACACUGCAGGCGUUGGCUCUGCGCUUCAAUUGUUCGAUUCCGGUACUGAAGAAAUUGAACAAAAUCGACAAGGAUAAUGAAAUUUAUGCGCGGAAUGUGAUUCGUAUUCCCUUGAAUGCUCACACAAUACUGCUGGACACGCUCCCAAGGGUUCAUACCACGAGCGGGAACAGUAGCCCCAAAAACAUCACAAACCACAUACACGAUCAUCAUCAUCUGCCCGUCGAAUCGAAAGAUACGCUGGACGAGAAACUGAUUGUAGCAGCUGUUAGCAAUGCCUCCUACGUGCCGAAUACCGCAUCUACUGAUGCCAAUGCAAAGUCUUCCGAAAACUACAGGGAACCAAGAGGUCACGCAGGAGAAACCUCAUUUGAUGCCGAAGACGAAAACUCCUGCAGCCAGCAACCAUUGCUGCUUAGCGGCGAGUAUGAUGAUAGUUUACCGCAGCCGCGAGCCUUGCGGUUGCCUACGAAUGAUUUUUCAUGUAAUGGAAGUGAUUGUGAUAUUUCAUGGAUAUGUCUGCUUGUUUUUAUAUUAGCGCUAUGCUUUGCUAUUCCACUAAUUUAUGUAGUAUAUGUGGCAGAGCACAUAGAAAAGUUUCAUCACGAUAGUUUUAAUGAUAACCACAGCACGAAAUUGUGACUUCAGUUGAGUGGAAGGCAGUAGUAUCCCGCGGCAUUACCAAAUGGUGGGUAUACAGCCGUAAGAAGGAUCUGCAGAGAGUGCCUUUUACAAUUGUUGAUUAGCUCUUUAAAUAAAUCCAUUUCCAAUCGUGGUA